AAGAAGAAGAAGAACUAACAGAGAGGAGCCCCCUGUCGGCCAAAUGAGGUCCUCAUUUUCAAAACAAACAAAAUGGCGGCGCACGUGAGAUGGGGACUUUACCAGUUGUUACGAGCAAGAAAUAAGGCCCACAUUAGGUUUCCAGACCAGACCAGGAGCUCGUACCACUCACAGUGCACGACCAGCAGCUCCAGAAAGGUCCAGCGUCAUCCCGGGACAGGAACCACACUCUUUUCAAUAAGACACCUGUCCAUCCAGACUCAAGACACUCCAAACCCCAGAAGCUUGAAGUUUCUCCCUGGUAAACCUGUCCUUGGAAGUGGGACACUUGACUUUCCCUCUCCAAGCACAGCUGAAUGCUCAUCUUUAGCCAGGGUCUUGUUUGAAAUUGAAGGAGUAAAAAGUGUGUUCUUUGGCCCUGACUUCAUCACAGUCACUAAAACAGAUGAAGAUGUGGAAUGGACAGACAUCAAGCGCCAUGCUUCGGAGGCAAUUGCUAAAUUCUUUGAGAGUGGUGACCCGAUAACAAACGGACCAGUUCACCAAGAAAGCAGUCUGUCUGAAGAUGAUGACGAAAUUGUAUCUAUGAUAAAGGAGCUUCUGGACAACAGAAUUAGGCCUACAGUGCAGGAGGAUGGAGGCGAUGUCAUCUUUAAGGGCUUUGAGGACGGCACAGUCAAGCUGAAGCUGGUCGGUUCCUGCACAGGGUGCCCUAGCUCUUCAGUCACCCUGCGCAAUGGGAUUCAGAACAUGUUGCAGUUUUAUAUCCCAGAAGUAGACAUGGUGGAACAGGUGGAAGAUGAAGUGGAUGAAAUCAAUACAAAGGUUUUCUCAGAGUUGGAACGCAAAUUACAAGAAUAAAAACUUCUUCAAUCAACACACUCAUGAAGAAAGAAAGAAAACACGUGUUUCACUGUGUAAAAACACAACCAGUCAUCCUUUCCCUUUAAAAUAUAACAUAAGAAUGAAAAGAGAAAAUUAGUUCCAGUUAUUUUUUUUGUACAAACACUUUUAAGAGUUCAAGCUGUAAUUUCUGUAGAUACUGUAUUUCCCUGCCCAAGGAACGAAGAUAUGGUUUCUAUCUGUAUAUGAAAGAUGCAGUCAUUUUACUAGCAAAACAGACAUGUUCUGUGAUGGCUGUAAAUGUUAUGUUUUAUUUAUUUCUUAUAAAUAUUGUAUAUUUUCAAAUACUGUAAAGUUUUCAUAGAUUGAAGACUUAUCGUUAUGGUCAAGCAGAAUGAGGAUUUGAUAAGGUGUUACAGUUGUUGAACAGAACAGAAUUUUUUUCCCGUGUUAAUGUAUCAUCUAAAAAUUAAAUAAAUGUUAUAAAUGCUACUAUUAAUAAUCACGCUGAAGUAGGUUUUGCAACCUAAAAAGAUCUGUAUGCUAUUUAUGUACUUCAUGCUGCACUUAUAAAAUUAACUAUCACAUUAAACAAAGUUUCCAGUUCAAAA